AUGACUUCUAAACCAACCAUUACUACUAAUAAUAAUAAACUUUUCUUUUUACAAAGACAUAAAAAGAAAUUACUAAUUACAAUAAUCCUAUCUGUAUUUACAAUAAUCACAACCACUUCAAUAGGUGUCUAUUUACUCAACAAUUGGAUCAAAAAACAAUCUUUCAAAUUACAACAAAAAAGGUUUUUAAAAGAACAAAUUAAAAGGAGAUUCCAACAAACUCAACAAGAUUCAAUAUAUACUGUUUAUGAGUUGUUACCUGUGGUUGCAAUCAUUUUAAAUAAUUUCCUAGAUUUGGAUGACAUAGUCUUAACUUUGAAAAGUAAUACAGUAAAUACAAACAAUAACACUACCACUACUACAACUGCGUCGACUAAUGCUGAAUCAAGUGAUCCAGCUAAUACUAAUGGAAAUACAAGUAAUAGUAAGCUAGAACUAUGGAACGCAUUAAAAAUAAAAAGUAUUACGAAAUUAUGUGUUAGUAUAUACACUCUAUCAAGUCUAUUAUUGUUAACUAGAAUACAGUUGAAUAUUUUAGCAAGAAAAGAAUAUUUACAAUAUGAUUUACAAGAGUAUGGAACUGCCACCACUAAUAAUAAAAGUAACAAUGGUUUAAUUUCAUGGCUUCAGUCCUUGCUUUAUAUUAAGCGUUCCGAUGAACAAGGAGCAAAAGAGGAGGAUAACUUGGAACUGAAUAUUAAGAAAAAUGGCUAUAAUAACAUGUAUGAUAUCAAGUAUUGUAACGAACAAGCAUUUUUGUCAUUAUCCUGGUGGUUAUUGAACAGGGGAUAUACAAAAUACUCCAAAAUUAUAGAGGCUCAGGUACUUGAAAAUUUCAAUUAUUUGGGGCCCAAAGAUUCUUUAACUUUUCAAGAAUUUAGUGUUAAAAUUAGUAAUAUUUUAUUCAAGACAAAUGAACAAUUAUUAUUAGAUGGUGGCACUGUUAACGGUAACAAUACCAACACUUUGUUAAGUGCAAUUUUAUUACCUGCUACUUCAUUAGAACAAUUUGUGUUGCAACAAUCAGUUAACCCUCAAGUGCUAAAAAUAUUAAAUCAAGAUAAUGCGAAUAAUAAUCUUGAGUUUAGAGAAUUAGUUGACGAGACUAAAAAAAUUAUACAAAGUACCGCUUCCUCUAUAGUUUUAGAGACUUUGGUUAAUGAAUCUUUCCAAUAUUUAAUGAACCAAAUAGAACAAAGAUGCUUGUUUAAACUGGCUAAGAAAAGAAGUAAUAAUUCUAGUAAUGAUAAAGAUGACAAUAGUGUUGUCGAAGCUACAUUUCAAAUUGCUUUAUUAUCUCUAAGUUGUAAAGACAUAAUAGAUAAGAAUAUACUAGUGAAUAACAGUGAUGGUGAUAUACUAUCCUUAAGUGGUUCUACCAAUACAACCACUGAAAAUAAUAGUUCUUUAUUGAAUAAAAUAGAUUCGAUACCCGAGUUAGAUGAUUUAAGUGCUAGUGUAUAUAGUAAUAUCUAA